CAAAAUACACUGGGAAAGAUUAAAGUAUUACACUGCACACAAUCAAUUUGUACUUUGUAGUUUCUCUGGAUAUCUUGCAAUAAUAUGGCAAUCAAAAUAAGUGCACUCCUUGCAACAGGGCUUAUCAUCGUAAGCCUUGUCUCGGUUGCAUCUGCUACUGCCGGAACUGCCACUUAUUACGAUGUUUACGUUCCAUCUGCAUGCUAUGGAUACCAAGAUCAGGGGACGAUGAUAGCUGCUGCAGGAGACUCAAUAUGGGCUAAUGGAGCAGCAUGUGGUAAAAUGUAUAGUAUAAAAUGCACAGGUGCCACUAACCAAGGUGUGCCUCAGCCAUGUAAGGGUGGGAGUGUUACGGUCAAGAUUGUGGAUCGUUGCCCUUCCCCCGGUUGCCAAGCAACCAUUGAUCUCUCUAAACAAGCUUUCUCUCAGAUCGCUGACCUCAAUGCUGGAAAAAUUAAAAUUGAUUACAACAGGGUGUGACGCUCAUAGAAGAGAUCGAUCAAAUAGCCAAUGUGUCCGCAGAUCAGAUAUAUAAGAAUAAUAAUGAGAUGUCUAUCCCUAAAUAAAUCUGAAUAAGGAUAGAUUAUAAGAAUAACUGUAU